CACGUCGCAAGGUUUACGGAUUGUUCUUGUGUGUCAAACACAUGUGUAAGAGUGUAACACGUCAGCAAAUUGUUGCUAUAGUGUCAAAUUAUUAACAUAACAAAAAAUAAUUUAAAAUUAUUUAAUUUAUAAAAUAUUUAAAGUUUUUUUAUUGAAAAACGUAAAAUUUGUGUUUUUAUUUAAACCGGAAGUGCAACCGGAAGUGAAAUGUUGGUUUCCCGAGACAAAAGUGUUUGCGUUGUGGAUUUUUAUAGAAAAAUGUUUAAUGCAAGUGCACGAAGCGUGUUUAAAUAAAGAUCAAUAGGACUGCGUUGUAAAAAGGAUAUUAAGUGACUCAAACCGCUGAAAAAAUGCAAGAAAAUUGUGAAUUCCGACUAAAAACUUAUUUAGUGAUGAGGGAAAAUUAAAUGAUCAAGAUGUUAGAGAUGAGUAUGAUAAAAAUAUGCGCCGGAUGCGGUCGGAUGGCGUUGUUGUUUUGCUUCCUGUCGUCUUUCGUCCUUGCAGCGCUUGCCUUCCAAGGUGAGCAGAAGGACGGAUUCGGACGCAGCAUGGAGUUUUAUGAUCGAUCACAAGUGAUUGAAGACUCUGCCACCACCAAGUACGCGUGGGAUGAGCCCGACUUUCUCGCGCCAAUGCAUAAUUUAACCAUGCCGGUGGGUCGCGAAGCCAUCCUGACCUGUUCGGUCAGUAAUCUAGGAAAAUACAAGGUGGCGUGGGUGAGGGCUGAGGAUCAGACUAUUCUCAGUCUGCAUACGAAAGUGGUGACGCACAAUUCGCGCAUCACCGUCACGCACGACAACCUGCAGACGUGGCAUUUGCGUAUCCGACAGCUGAAAGAGUCCGACCGCGGCUGCUACAUGUGUCAAGUUAACACGAACAUCAUGAAAAUGCAGCAGGGGUGUCUCGACGUGCAUGUACCGCCGGAUAUUAUCUACGACGAUACAAGUGGUGAUCUUUCAGUCUCAGAGGGUGAAAAUGCCACCCUAUGGUGUCGGGCAACUGGUCAUCCAACCCCUAGAAUCACUUGGAGGCGUGAAGAUGGCCAUCCGAUUAUUCUACGUCGUGGAAAUCGCGAUGCUGUUAAAGUUGAUACGUACAACGGCAGCAAUUUGUACUUUUGGAGAUUGGAUCGCAAGCAGAUGGGCGCGUACUUGUGCAUCGCCAGCAACGACGUGCCGCCCGCCGUCAGCAAGCGCAUCUUAUUGAACGUGAAUUUUGCUCCUGUAAUUAAAGUGCCCAAUCAGUUACUGGGCGCUCCUUUGAACACGGAUGUCAUGCUGGAGUGUUACGUGGAAGCCUUCCCGAACACUAUCAACUACUGGGUGAAGAACCGUGGCGAGAUGUUGCUCAACGGAAGUAAAUAUACUAUUAGAGAGGAGCGAAGUGGAUAUAAAGUGCUGAUGUGGCUCAUUAUUCGAUCAUUUGCUACGCAGGACAUCGGAACGUACAAUUGUGUCUCUACUAAUUCUCUGGGGAAAGCAGAAGGCACAUUAAGACUAUAUGAAAUCAAAGUUGGACCCGGUGGACCACAGGAUAAUCAUAUCAGUAUAGUUGGAGGCUUGGCAGAACCCGCACGAGGUCACCGCUCAAGAGAAAGCGAAGUAUUCUCAUCGUCGCCAUCUUUAUCCAGCUCAAAUCUCCUGCAGCUGUUUCUGGCCGCCUGCCUCGUCCUCACGCAUCGGUGACGCAUUGCAUAAACGCGCGACAAGAUUGAUUACGACCCACGAAAAAAACAUAAAAACAAGUCGCACCGAAAUAUCGAUCGCAAAUAUAAGAACUCAUCCAUCCAUCACAAACAGCAACAAGAAAACAAAAAAUCACUAUCAGAUUCACAUUCACAUUCACAUUCCCAUUCGUAUUCAGUAAACUCUCUAACAUAAAUAAAAUAUUAAAAAAUAUGUGUAAAUACUAAUGAUUUGUGCGACUGAUACAAGCUCAACCCAAAAGGAAAACCACGCGAAAAAUAAUUCUAGUUUUAGCGGUAAAUUCAUGGUGAAGGCGCCGGGCGCACAUUUGUAUGUAGCUCUCUUAGUUUGGAGAGCAUAGCGCGCAUAGUUCUAAUAAAAUGCUAAUUCUUAUAUCCACGUCCCAGCAGCAGUGUACACGACGUGCUUCUGAGGAAAGCUCCGUGCCGCCACCGCCGCCGCCGCCGCCGUCUCCGACAAUAUUGCCGGCGCGUUAUUAUUGUUAUUAUUGCGCGAGAAUAACGCGAGAUUUCUCCUAUAUUACGAGCACGUCCGCGUAAAAUUUCGCGUCCGGAAUUCUCUUUAAUAAACGCUGCUCAUGACGACGCGCACGAAAUUCCGUGACAAGACAACGAGUUUUAAUAAAAGUGUUGAUUUGGUUGGUAAAACUCUAAAAUAACUAAAUGCAUAGUUUAUUAUUAUUAAAUUACCAAAACUAUCAAUGUAAUUGACCUAUAAUUAACCGAGUAAUGAAAUUGAACAUUUGCACGUGUACAUUUCCACGAAAUUGAACGUUUUGUACGCCAUUUUUGUACAUAAUCAUUGAACAAAUCAAUUAAAUGUCGAUUUGUCGAUUUCAACACUACACUUGUACAUAGAACUUACUAAAACGCUGAUUAGAGGUUAAAAUUUAGCGAAAGGAAAAACAUGUAACUAUGUAAAAUUUACAAUAAUUAAUUAAUCUAUGAGAUAAUUAAAUUAUUGUGUGGAUUGAGAGCGAUGAAUGAGCGAUGACCUAGUUGAAAGUAAAAGAUAUCAAAAACUGUCAUAUCUUUAUUCUCAAAAUCUCAAUUGGUGCCAAAGAUUAAGCAUUAACUAAUCACAUAGCAGAGUAAAAUAACAACAAAUAUUACAAUUGUAAACGAAAUAAUCUACAAUUAUAACGAUACUGAUUAAUGGGUAUGUUAUUAUUUCAAUGUAUGCAAUAUAAGAUAAUAUUAAAGUGUAA